UCUAUUUACGUAUCAUUUAUUUUCUCCCAUAUUUGGCAUCUGAUCGGCUCGGGCAUCAGCGCUGCCGAGCCGUCCGUCUCUUUCAGCGCACGAGUCAUCUGUGGAAAUGGUGUUCAUUGCUUUGCAUUCGAGGCGUUCCGCGUUUGAUCUUUGGUUCCUUUCUCCACGAUCCUUUCUCCAGUGCUCUUCCAUAUGGAUCAGCCAAGAUUGCCCCCGCCGACGGGUUUUCGGCCCUUUUUUCUUUCUUUCUUUCCUUCCCCCGCUGUCUUCUGUUGAACCCAUUGUGGUUGUAACCGGUGCAUCGUAUUUUCUCGGGAUGGGUUGGUAUUGCAUAUACGGGUGGGUGGAUUGCAAAUUUGUCGUUGGGAGCGCAGCAUGCUUUCUUUCUUUUCUUCCCCUUAGGCGAAUGGAAAUAGACGGUUUCAGCUAGGGAUAGAUUCUUUUCGGUGUAUAUAAUGAUUGAUAAUAAGCUAAUGCGAGCAUCGGGGAUCUGGCUGAUAUCACGUCACUGUCACUGUCAGUGUCACCGAGAGCUUCGCUUGGCUCUUCCCUUUCUAUGGAA